AAUGGAAAGAUUAUUAGACCGUUGGCACAAGCAAAAAAGAGAUCCGUUACCCAGCACCACUCAAAUCUCCAACCCAAAAGCUUUUGACUUUUUUCACUUCUCUCAUCAUAUCCUCUAGAACAUAGCUAUUUUGAAAAUUCCUUCAGUUUUGAAGAGAGAACUACAGUAACUGAAACGAACCCAAAGUUUCAGGUUCACUUUCCUUGAUGGGUAUAUAGAUAGACAAAGUAAAGGAGGAGCGGAGCUGAGAAAAAGACCCACAUUUAUUAUUAUUAUUAAGCUUCUUUUCUUUGGCUGCUGAAAUUUCUUUUCUUCCUGGUAAUAAUGGUUGCAAGAACCCCACCAAAGCAAAGGAAACUUGUGGUGGCUCCUCUUGAUCCUGUCCUACUCAGAGAAACUGUAAAGAAGGUGGAAAAAUGUAUGGCAAGAUUGCAAGAGUUGCAGUAUACAGUAGCAGGAGGGACAAAGGUAAUAUCAGGCGUGAAACUAAGUCCUAGGAGUACUAGGGCUUACUUGAAAACUAGUCUUAGGUGCAAGCAAGAGUCUUUGAGGAUGAAGAAUGCUUCUCCAAGGAAAUCACCAAUUGGCAAGCUUCCAUCCACUGCAAGAGGUGAAUGGAGGAGGAUGUCAUUGCCUGCAAUGCUUGUCGGAGAAACAGUGGGAGAAAUCCUACAAGCCAGUCAAUUUGCAAGAGAGAUAUUAGCAGCUGUUGAUAACAAAACUAAGAAGAUAACUGUUGAGGAUCCCAAGACUCCAUUGACUGAACAUAGAAAGCAAAAACAACAGCCUGAAAAUACUGAACUCAAAGCUAGAAGAAAGAGGGAGAAACAGAACAAAUUACAACUGAUUCGAACCGAGUCCGACUCUCCAUCUCUUCAAAGGGCUCGUUCCAGGAUCAACUUCAAGGUUUCUUCUCCCAAAUUCAAGGAUCUUGAUAAGGAAAACAAUAGACUUAUGGCCAAUAGGGUGUCACCAAGGAAUAGGCCAUGGGCUAAAAAGACUGUUUUAUUCCCAAAUCCUUUGUUCAGUUCAACACCAGCUUCAAAGCAACAAAAGUUCUGCAAGACAAGGUCUCCAGUGAUUGCAAGAAACAGACAAACUCCACAUAAGUUUUUGAUCAAGUCUCCUCCUUCAGCUUCAAAGUUUCAAGUCAAGAUCAAGAGCCCAGCUGUGGUUUCGCUAUCCCCUACGAGAUCAAUGAACAUGAGCAAGAAAUCACCAAAGAUGUCGACUGCUUCGAAGCUACGGAGAUCAUUUUCGCCUUCCCGAUUGGCUAAUAGAUUGGUUUCACCAUUGAAGAGCAGAAAAACUUUGCAAAGAAGUGACGGUAGAUCAUUUUCACCUUCCCAUUUGGCUAGCAGAUUGGUGUCACCAUUGAAGAGCAGAAAAGGUUUGCAAAAAAGUGAUGGUCCAAUGAGUGGUAUGAAACAGCGACCAGUUUUAAUGCCUAAGAGAUUCUCGACGGGGAGAAUAUAAAGAUUAUGACAUUUCUAUUCAUUUAUCAGUAUGUCUUUAAGUAAACUGUAAAAGAUAUUUAAGUAUUUCACAAUGUCAAUAACAGACUUUUCUUGA